AUGGCGUCCAGAUCAGAUUUUCUGCCGCGCAGCACGCGCCGUCUCCUCCGACAAGGACGGCACGUCACUGCAUCUCCGUGCCCGAUUUGUGCCCGUUCCUCACUGGCAGCUCGCCCUCGCUCCAGCCCUCGGCUGCAAAACAGGUCCCAAGCUGGAUGGCCACGGCUCCUGUCGACAUCGACGAACCCGCGAACGGAGCUCCAAAACACGCUGCUCGAGCUUCAGAAGCAAUCCCCCAAUUUAAUCAACAUAUCCAAGCUGCAAUUGGCACUCCAGGGUCUGCGACAAGAUGCCGGCAAUGAGAUUAUCCGCAUCGCUAUUUUAGGUCUCGCCAACGGCACCGAGGCUGAUGCCACGGCUGCAAGAGUUUUACACGCAUUGCUCGCCGAUCCGCUGCAGGAAGUACAGCCUUGGGAGAAGGAGUUGGAGAACCGGGAUGGGAGUACGCCGCUGAUUGUGCGGGUUGGCCCACCUCGGAAUCAUGCCGUGUCGCUCGAGAUCGAGAAAGAGGUUGGUCUGGACGAGAUGCAUAUUUCGUGCCCCGAGUUGGACGGGUAUAAUUUCGAAUUCCUUCUGAUGGGGGUCGAUGUGCCGUAUGGCGCGCCGGGCGAGACGACUAUUCAAACGCUGGAGGAUGCAGUUCUUGUACCAACUGUCGAUAUCCCGUCCGCAAAUGAUAGAGUGUCGCCAAUUUCGACUCCGGUUCACCAGGCUCUGCUUGUCGCUGAUGGGUUGAUAGGCGCUGUCAAUGUUUCCGCUCUUCCCGUCUCCGAAACAGACGAAUCCAUAUCGGCGGUUGUUCAAAUGGAGGGAGUGACAAAGGAACAGCUACAGGCUAGCUUUGACGUCGUGGACGUAUCGCUGGCCGAGAAAGGCCUCGGCUUGUUUCGCCAAGGGCCUCAAAAUGCCAUGGACUAUGAACGCUUAUGGUUCUCAAGCAAUGUGCCUACCCUGCUGAAAUGGCUCAAGGAUGGAGCCAAAUCUGGUGCUGCUGAUGAGACCAAGCCGGCCGUACGAAGGCUAAUUGCGUCAACGUUGCAAAACACAUCCUCGCAAAUACAGCUUGUCGAGGCUCGAAAACUAUCCAAGGCGCUGACGCUGCACAGUGAUGACCCAGCUGUGGCAGCUUUGAACAAGCGCCUGGCAGACUGGGCGCAGAACGCCCACGCCGAGUUACAGGAUGAACUAGAUCUUGCCUUUAAAGGCCGGCGGUGGCGCAAGUUGGGGUGGUGGAAGUUGUUUUGGCGAGUGGAUGAUGUUGCCAUGCUGACCAACGAAAUGCUCGGCCAGCGAUUCAUGCCCACGGCAGAACAGGAACUGGUUUAUCUGACUGGCAGAAUCGCUCAGCUAGGCGGCUCCUCGCCAGAGUAUCCUCAGCCCAAGUCGUCCCUGGAUGCCACAGAGUCUCGAAAGCUCGGCUCUGGCGAACACGCGCCCCCCUUGGCCGCGACAUCAUCCUACUCCCUCCCAAAGUGGCCUGGCCACAUUGCAUUCACUCGCCGCUACCUACAAAACGAAACCGUCCCAGCGCUGCAGUCACUGGCUCAAAAACUCGUCAUCCAAUCCCUAGGCACGUCUGGCAUAACCACAUCUCUGGCUGCCCUCUUGUACAUGUCAUCGUUUGCAUCCACCAUUUACGAAGCUGGUGCCGUGGCUGCCCUUGGAAUCGUUUACAGCCUAGGAAGACUGCAGAAGAGAUGGGAUGCCGCAAGGACCUUCUGGGAAGGCGAAGUCCGCGAGGAAGGGCGCAAGGCCGUACGCGGAGCAGAGGAGAGCGUAGCCACGGUCCUGGAGAGCAACGGAAGCAAUGGUACAAACGGAGUCGAAGAAAUGAAAGAGUUGCAGAACACAAAAGAGCUAAUUGCCAAGGCGGAAGACGCACUGGCUCGAAUGAAGUAG